CCUCUCCCCGCGGCGGGGGCGAGCCCGGUUCCUGAGGCGCAGGGGAUGGCGGACCCUCUGAGGAGGACGCUGUCCAGGCUCCGGGGGAGGCCGGGUCCCCGUGCUGCCGGAGGACUCGGGCUCUGGGCGGCCUCCGCCACUGCCGACGGAGACGCCGGGGGUGCUCUGGGCGCCCCUCCCCGCGAGUACGCGGGCGGAGCCCCGCCGAGCCUGGAGCCGCCCCCGCCGUCGCCGCAGGCGUGGGGUCCCGAGGCGCGGCUCCCCGGAGGGCGUCCGGAGCAGCCGGGGGCGCUCGGGCCUCGGCCGCCAGGCGGGAAGGAGGCCGCUCCUCGGAGCCGCGGCCUCCUUCCCGCCCCCGUGCACGCCCCGCCGGACUCCGAGGGCAGCGGAGAGGACGAGGACGCCGCGGACUACUAUGAGAACCUGCCCGGCGGCUCCCGACGCGCGUUGGAGCCUGAGGGGGCGGAGGCGGGGCGGUGGCCCCCGCCUCCCCCGGCGGCGGGCUCCUCCCCGGGGGCGGAGGGCGGCCGCCUGGAGACAGGCAGGCUGCAGACCCAGUUGCGAGAGGCCUAUUAUCUGCUGAUCCAGGCCAUGCACGACCUGCCCCCUGACUCGGGAGCGCGGCGGGGCUGGGCGGAUCGCGGCUGCCCUGCGGGAGCCGGGGCGCGGAGCCAGCCCACUUCCCCCUGCGGCUCUGCGGACCGCGGAGCUUGCCCCCGGGACUGGGAGCGGGGAGGCGGGGGCCGCCCUUGGCAGCAGGUGUCCCCGCCCCGGUCGCCUUCGAGGGAGACAGGGGGAGGCCGCCUGCGGACUCCUCGGAUGCGGCUGUCUUGCAGCAGAAGCCUCGAGAGCCUCCGGGUGAGCGCCAAGCCUCCUGCCUUCCAGCGGUGGCCGAGCGACAGCUGGAUCAGGUGCAGUGCGCGCGGGGACCUGGACGAACCCCCGCCACGUGGAGGCGGGAUGGACGGCUGGAGCCGAGGCAGCGCCCCGACCGCGGCACCCUCCGGCCUCCAGACUCCCGGCUCCAAGGACCCCAGCCGCUCCGCGGGAAGCACUUUCAGGGAUCCUGCGGGAUCCCCUGUGAUACGCAGCGGCAAAGGAGGCCAGGAGGGGCUCCCCUUCCUCAAGCCGCCAGCCGUGACAGUCAAGAAGCUGCAGAAGUGGAUGUACAAAGGACGCCUGCUGUCCCUGGGAAUGAAGGGUCGCUCCGGUGGGACAUCCCCCAAAGUCAAGGGAGCGCAGGCCACCUCCCCAAAUUUGGGCGGGUUGAAAAUGCGUGAAAGCCAAGUCCUCUCGGUGCCUCCAGACGAAAGAAUUACGCUGACAGAUUUAUUUGAAAAUGUUUAUGCAUCUACAAUGAAGAGAAGAGAACUUGAAAAUCUGAAGGAUAAUAUUGGAUUCAGAGGUCAUCAGCCACUUAACAGCAUCACCGUGUCAAAGAAACGCAAUUGGCUAUAUCAGAGUACUCUGAGACCUUUUAAUUUGGAAGAAGAAAAUAAGAAGUGCCAAGAUGUAAGUCAUUUAUCAAUCUCACCUGUUUCUCUGCCUAAACAUCAGCUAUCACAACAUUUCCUCAAACCAUCAGAAGAAUAUUGUACGUGUGUGGUGUGUAAUGCUACAGAUUCUUCAUUAUCAAGAAACUGUUCUUUAGACUUUAAUGAGGAAAAUGAUGCAGAUGAUGAAGGGGAAAUAUGGUACAACCCCAUUCCUGAGGACGAUGACUUUGGGAUAUCAAAUGCUUUGAGUUUUGCUGAGGCAAACGCUGCUGUUCUGAAGUUUCCUGCUAUCAGUUUGAGAGUGUUGUCUAGCCGUGACCUAAUGAAAGCAGAGCAGCAUCCUGAAGACUUGCUGUGCUCUUCUGAGCACACAGGCAAUGUUCAGAGCACACAGUCAAAUGACAUGAAUCCUGUAGAUUCUGUCUGUUCCACAGAGUUUGUGCAACAGUACAAGCAAAGGGUUGGACACAAGACACAAGAGGGUAUAAUGGUGGAGGAGAGUCCCAUGUUGAAAUCUCCUUUUACAGGUCCUGGAAUCCUAGCUGCUACAAAUAAGACUGAAUUGGGAAUUAUAGAACCGUCUUCCCCAAGCCCUAGCCCUGUGAAAAAAGGCAGUUCAAUUAAUUGGUCUUUCCCGGAUAAAAUAAAAUCUCCAAGAACUGUGAGGAAACUUUCCAUGAAAAUGAAAAGGUUGCCAGAACUUAGCCGAAAACUGAGUGUUAAAGGAACCUUGAAUUUUGUAAACAGUCCAGAUAGUACUCCUUCCUUGUCUAAAUGUAACUGUCAAGGAAUGCAUCAUACUGUUAUUCUCCCUUCUGGGAGCACAACCACAGCUGCUAAGAGGAAUGUUAUAAGUCGGUACCAUCUUGACACCAGUGUUUCUUCUCAACACAGCUACCAGAAGAAAACUUCUACGAGUUCUAAGUAUUCCUGCAAAGGUGGUUACCUCAGUGAUGGAGAUUCGCCUGAACUUAUAACUAAAUCUAGCAAACAUGGAUCUGAAAACAAAUUUGGAAAGGGAAAAGAAAUAAUUUCAAACAGUUGUAGCAAGCAUGAAAUUGACAUUGAUGCUUUUAGACAUUACAGUUUUUCUGAUCAACCUAAGUGUUCACAGUACAUAUCUGGGCUCAUGAGUGUGCAUUUCUAUGGUGCUGAGGAUUUAAAACCACCUCGGAUAGAUUCAAAAGAUAUCUUUUGUGCAAUUCAGGUAGAUUCAGUAAACAAAGCAAGGACUGCUUUGCUCACAUGUCGUACGACAUUUUUAGACAUGGAUCACACUUUCAACAUAGAAAUUGAAAAUGCUCAGCAUUUGAAAUUAGUAGUAUUCAGUUGGGAACCCACUCCAAGAAAAAAUCGAGUGUGUUGUCAUGGAACUGUUGUUCUCCCCACCUUAUUCAGAGUGACAAAGACACAUCAAUUGGCUGUCAAACUUGAACCUAGAGGUCUUAUUUAUGUGAAAGUGACUCUUUUGGAACAGUGGGAGAAUUCUCUUCAUGGACUAGAUAUAAAUCGAGAACCAGUAAUGUUUGGUGUUGAUAUUCGAAAAGUUGUAGAGAAAGAAAAUACGGGAUUGAUGGUGCCACUUCUGAUACAGAAAUGUAUUAUGGAAAUUGUAAAAAGAGGCUGUCAGGUAGUAGGCCUGUACCGAUUAUGUGGGUCGGCAGCAGUCAAGAAAGAACUUCGAGAGGCUUUUGAGAGGGAUAGCAAAGCUGUUGUUCUGUGUGAAAACCAGUACCCAGAUAUAAAUGUAAUAACAGGUGUUCUUAAGGACUAUUUAAGAGAACUUCCUUCUCCUCUGAUAACAAAGCAGCUUUAUGAAGCUGUAUUAGAUGCAAUGGCAAAAAAUCCCUUGAAAAUGUCAUCAAAUGGUUGUAAGAAUGACCCAAGUGACUCUAAGUACACGGUUGACCUGCUGGAUUGCCUUCCUGAUGUUGAGAAGGCAACCUUAAAGAUGUUGUUGGAUCAUUUGAAAUUGGUGGCUUCUUAUCAUGAAGUGAAUAAGAUGACCUGUCAGAAUUUGGCCGUGUGCUUUGGACCAGUAUUAUUAAGUCAGAGGCAAGAGACUUCCAACCAUAACAACAAAGUCUUUACUGAUUCCGAAGAACUUGCAAGUGCUUUGGAUUUUAAAAAACAUAUUGAAGUUCUUCAUUAUUUACUUCAACUCUGGCCAGUGCAACGUUUAACUGUCAGAGAAUCAACAGACGAUUUGUUCCCAGAGCACAAGUCUCCUCUAAAUUAUUUGAGGAGGAAGAAAGAACGACCUUACAUGUUAAAUUUGAGUGGUACUGAUUCAUCAAGAGUAGUCAGGCCACGUCAAAGCAGAUUAGACAGUCCACUUAGCAAUCGUUAUGCAGGAGACUGGAGCAGCUGUGGAGAAAACUACUUUUUAAAUCCAAAAGAAAAUUUAAAUGAUGUGGAUUAUGAUGACGUCCCUUCAGAAGAUAGAGAAAAUGGAGAAAAUUGCAGCAAAAUGUAUGGACCAGAUAUAAUGAUUGAACAGCCAAUUCCCAUGUCCAAAGAGUGCACAUUUCAGACAUACUUGACAAUGCAGACAAUUGAGUCUACAGUGGAUCGAAAAGUCAAUCUCAAAGAUCUACAAGACAGUAUUGAUACUUUGAUUGGAAAUCUGGAGCGUGAGCUCAACAAAAACAAGCUUACUAUGAGUGUUUGAGAUUGAGAUUUUUUAAAUUAGGUUUUCAUAAUGUUUUAAAGUUUCCAAUAUUUCUCACUUUCUUAUACCUCUCACAGUAAUGUUUUAUUUUUUAAAUUCUUGAAACCUCCAAUUAAUUUUAAUAAGUUAAAUGUGAUUCAAUUAAGAAUACCAUUCAUUAAUAUAAUUUUUGCUUAUCUCAUUAGAAAAUUUUUCUUGGGGUAAAGAUAACCUGGACUGCUUGUGAAUAUUUUAAUAAAUCUUGCCAAUUCUAUGGAGAUAACUUUAAAUGCACUUAUAAGGUUCAUAUAAGUUAUUAGCAUCUGAAGAUUUUUGUGCUUUAUAGGAACUGCUCUUCUGUAGCUGAAGCAGAUGUUCCUUUGAGAGGAACAUUGCAGCUGCUCAGUUACAUUUGCAGUAUGAGGCCAUUUCACUGCAACAUCAUUUGUUCACAUUUCAUUUGCAAUGCAAAUGCUGCUAUAAGAAAACCUUUUUAUAAAUAAAAGUAAAAUUAUGCAAAUAUUAAUGUAUUCUAUAUUAACAUUCAGUAAUUAUUUAAGCUUAUAAAAAUUAAAUAUUUUUAUAAUCCUGAAAAUAUGUAUAUAUUUAUAAGUACAUAUAUGUAUAGAUAUUAGAAUGGGGGAAGCGAUUGGCUGCAGAAUCACAUGUAUCUUUAAAGUAUGUAUGUCAUGAGGCCAAAAUCAUUAGCUUAAAAAUGUCUUUUUCAGGGAAAGAACAUUUAAGUUAAAGGAGGAGUUGCAUAGAAACACAUGAACCAAAACACUAGUAGACUCAUCUGAAUAGAAAUAUUUAAUAGAGUUCCUUUUUUUGAUUUACAGAAACUCACAAUAUCCCCAGUGAGAAGUCAUCUUUUAAAUUGAAAUUCUCUAACUUCUAAGUUAUAGAGGAUUAAGUGCCCAGAUUUCUUCACUGGUGACAGAUUAUAAAAAUCUUCAUUUAUUCUAUGCAUUUUUAUGUUCUGCUUUUUAAAAAAAAAGUAAUUAUACAUAAAGCGUAUUUAUUUGUAGUAGUACAUUUAUAACAUUGACUUUAUAAUUACCCUCAUUUGUUUCUAAAGAAAUCUUGCCAGCAUACUACAUUAUUGAUUUUUAACUUAUUUUGGCUAAGUAUAUUUACAAGGUAGUCAUUAUAGCAAUCACAGCAGUGUUUGAAAAUGUACAUUUAGAAGACUUUUUUUAUUAAAUUGGAAUGUAUUUUUAAAAAUUUUUAUACCUACAGAAUGUGUAAUUUUAAAAUUAUAAAUAAAAUUUCAAUUACCAACUUAAAGAUGUAGCAGCCAUUAAAAAACCAGACUUCUUGAUGUUUUUCUAAAUAUGAAAGUAUUUAACUAUUUCUAUGCGAUAUACAUUGGUAAACAGAACACGUUAUUUAAUUUGAAAACUCAAUUGUUAAGAAAAACAGAUAAAUUAUUUUUAUAUGAAGUUUUCAUUUUUUAAAGCUUUGUAUAACAGUCCAGAAGAAUACCAAAAGAAUAUGUGACAGGUAUAUAUAUUGAGUAAACAGUCAAAAGAAAUGUGCUUUAAAUAAUUUGUAAGGAGAUUGUCUCAGUCUUCUUCCUUUUGUUUGCUAUAUCAUGUAUAUUAUAUGAAUUGAAUAAGUUGUUCCAAAAAUGUAAAAGUUUUAUUAAAAUAUUAUUACCUUGGUGUCAUGCUAUUAAUUAUAAUGAUUUUAAGGCUCACUUAUUUUAAGGUCAUUCUUUUUAAACAAACAUGUUAAAGUAUUGGACUGUCAUAUAUUAUCCAUAAAUACAUGUAAUAACUUUUUUUUGUUCAAAAUUGAAUUUUCCAGAAUCUGAUAUACUUUACAGGCCAUAACUUAUUUUGUUACAUUAUUUUGGAUGGGAAUAGUUUUAAAGUUUAUCUCUGCCAUUUUAAAUAGAAAAUUCAAAAUGUUUUUGUUGUCUAGAUCAGUCAUAAAUAUAAACCUCUGUGAUUGACUGCUGUAUUCAGUAGUGCUCAAUAAGUUUAUGCCUUUAUUUUAAAUGGCUUUUUAAUUCAAAUCUUUUUUGAAUUUUUGUACCUGCAUUUUAUAAUCUCCUGGGAUCUUCCUACACA